CGUGUCGUACCUUUUCGAUCGUCUCGUCCACGAAGAAGCCCUCCAUUGGCGUCGAUUCUCUGUUUUCCUCAUUGAAGAGUAAUAAGGAACCCUCGUUUGUUUCUUUUGCGGAGGAGGAGGAGGAGAGACGAGCACAUUCGACCAUGUUCGUUAGGAAGCUUGUGGAGAAGGCCACUAGAAAGAAUAACGUGGGAGAUGGCAUCAAUGGCCUAAAAGCUGAAGAUGUGAAGCCGCGCACGAAUUUCCACUAUGGCAUCCCGCCGGAUUCCACCACGCUCGCCUAUGACCCCAUUCAACGCAUACUGGCCGUCUCCACGAGGAAUGGAGUCAUCAAGUUGUUUGGCAAAGACAACACUCAAGCUCUGCUCCAGUCGGAGGCCGCCGUCCCCUCCAAGUUCUUGCAGUUUAUGGAGAAUCAAGGACUCCUUUUUAAUGUGACAUUUCAGAAUCAUAUAGAGGUGUGGAGCAUCGACAAAAAACAAGUCUGUCAUAUUCACAAAUUCAAUGAAGAGAUUACAUCCUUUGUUGUGGUGAAACAAAGUUCCUUUAUAUACAUUGGCGACUGCCUUGGAAGCAUCACUAUUUUAAUGCUUGAUCAUGCAUCACAGAGUUUGGUUCAAAUGCCAUAUAAAAUUCCAUUAUCAGAGUCCCAUGGUGCCUCAACAAACUCUGAUACAGCUGUUGUACUUGCGUCCCCACAGCCAAUGGCUGAGAACAGGAGGAUUCUUAUUAUCUUUAGAGAUGGACUCAUUACUCUAUGGGGAUUUCAAGAAAGUAAAGUUAUAUAUGUUGUUGGUGGAAGCUCACAAUAUUCAUCACAUGAGCCUAAGAUAGCGAUAUCAGCAUCGUGGGCUUCUGACAUUGGAAGUAAAGUUGUGGUUGGGUAUAGCAGUGGAGAUAUUUUUCUUUGGGGGGUUCCUGUGAUUUCAGACUGCAACAGUGAAUCAUCUAAUAAUCAAAACGACUUGCAUGCUUCUCAAAAUGUUCCUCUUCUUAAGCUCAAUCUAGGGUAUAAGAUGGACAAGGUUCCAAUAGUUUCUUUAAGGUGGUGUGCCCAUGAUGAAAUGUCAGGCCGAUUGUACAUUAAUGGUUUCAAUGCUGUAGGUUCUUCUCAUUCCUUUCAGGUCAUGAUUCUCAAUAGCAAUUUUCAAAGUCGAACAAUCAAGUUGAUGCUUCCAUUGAGUGAACCUUGUUUAGCAAUGGAAACCAUUUCAUGCUUCAGCAACCAUAGAAAAAGCAAUCAAACUACUCUUGUUCUCUUGCUAAGAUCAGGCUCCUUGUGUCUGUAUGAUGAUUCAGAGAUAGAACAUUAUCUGUCACAAUGUCAAUCAAAAUCAACACCAAGUCUUCCUAAGCAGCUAACUGUAAAACUACCAUAUGGUGACUCAGGAAUCAGUGCAGCCAAACUCUAUAAAGGUGCAUCAAAUCUUAUUUAUGAGGACCAAGUAUUCCUGGCCAACAAACACUAUUCUCUAUUCUCAACAAACAUGAAGGAAAAAGAUGGAAGUUUUCAGAGUUCUGCAUAUCUUAGUGGAUUUGAAAAAGCCAAAAACCUCUUGAUUACUGGACAUGUUGAUGGCACUGUUAACUUUUGGGAUGCAUCAUGCCCCCUUCUGCUUCCUAUAUUUUCUAUCAAACAGCAGCCUAGUGAAAAUUAUGCAACUACUGCUCCACUUACAUCACUUCAUUUUGAUGCCUCUUCACGUGUCCUUGUGUCUGGAGAUCAAAGUGGAUUGAUUCGCAUUUUCUUCUUCAAAAAAGAGCAUCCCACCUCAGAAAACAUCUUUUCCUUUCUGCAAGCAAAACCAGGUGACAGCUAUACUGUUCAGUGUGUUAAACUCAAGGGAGCAAUUACGUCUAUCAGUACUGAUUUGGAAUUCAAACAUCUUGCUGUGGGCACUGACAAAGGAUAUGUAUCAGUAAUCCAGCUGGAAGAAACCACUGUUUUAUAUCAAAAACAAGUCUCCAGUCAACUAAAUAGUGGUAUCGCCUCUUUGCAUUUUGGGAGUUCUGCCCAAAAUGGCAUAGUAAAGAAGAUAUUGUUGGUAGGGACGGAAGAUUCAUCCAUUUUGCCUCUUGAAAAGGAUUCAGGGAAUCUGUUAAUUGCUAAGCCACUGCAACCUAAAAAACCUUCUAAAGCUUUAUUGCUUCAUGUAUUGGAUGGAGCUCAGACUACAGAUUACCAAGAUGCAAGCAAUGAGAGUUACUCAAAGGUGUCAAUGCAAAGGCAACCACUAAUAUUACUUUGCUCUAGAGAUGCCAUACGUCUGUAUGACUUAAAUCACACAGUUGAGGGGAUUAAAGACUUAUGUGUUAAGAAAAGACUGGAUGGCAUAUGUUCCUAUGCAUCAAUCAUACAUGGCCCUUCAAUGGGGGUUGGGCUGGUGCUUAUCUUUGCUUGUGGAAAGAUGGAAAUAAGGUCCCUUCCAGAUUUAGCAAUCUUAAAUGAGAUUAACCUGAAAGGCUUAAUUUAUGUAGCACCAAAUUCACCUCCAAAUGCUUAUACUUUAUUUUCCAUUUCCUCUGAAGGAGAAGCUCUUCUGAUUGAUAGAGAUCAAGCAAUGCUCUUUCUUUCAGUUUUGUCUCAAAAGGAAGUUUACAGACACUUGGAAUGCAUAACCAAGGUAUAUUCGGACGAUCCUGCUCUACGAGAAGAAUUUUCUAGCUCGAAGAACCCCCAAAAGGAGAAGAGAAAGGGAAUACUUAACAUGAUCAUCAAAGACAUGAAGGGAAACAAGACAAAGCACAGCCAUGAAAGUGAUCCAGCUGAUGGCUUCACUGCUACUGAAGAACUCUCAGCUAUAUUUUCAACUGCUAAUUUUCCAGAAUCUGAUGGGACAAGGAAUGCUUCUGCCGUAACCAAAGAAGACGUCGAGCUGGAUAUAGAUGAUAUAGACCUAGAAGAGACUGAAGAAAAGCAGAAGGGCCCAAACAUUGCUGUUUUGAGUAAACAGAAGUUAAGCAAGAAAUUUUUCUCUCUCAAAGGAAAGCUGAAAUCAAGUAUAGAGGAAAAGUUGAACUCACCAAAAGAUAAAUCCGAGGAGGAAAAGGACAUCAGUGCUGUUGAUCGAGUCAAACAAAAGUAUCGAUAUACAACUAAUGAUGAGGCAAGUACUGCAAAGGAAGCAGAAGGCAAGCUAAAGGAGAAUGUUGCAAAGUUAAAGGAUAUUGGAUUGCGAACAUCAAUGAUGCAAAACGGAGCAGAGAAUUUUUCAUCAAUGGCAAAGGAACUGCUACAAUUGUCGCAGGGGAGAAAGAGCACGUGAAAUGUUUUAUAUUUUUUUCUUCAUUGAUUGCUGAAUUUAUUUUUCUAUCUAUUGGGUGCUCUAUGAACAUUUGUUUAUGCAAUUACCUUGUCUAUGUGGUGUGGUAUCAGGUAUGUAUUAUGGAACAACAUGAUAAUAAAAAUAGUUUUGUUGUAAGAUAAGCGUUCAAGUAAAGUUGUUGAAAGUGACAAAAUCUUGAGCUCGAAACCAAUCUUUUCUUAUUAUAUAGAUUAUAAAUUGCAUCCUUGUGUA